UAUAUUCACAUUAAUGAUCUUAACUGUACUGGGAUAGAGCCUUCUCUUUGGGACUGUCCUAUGAAUGGACUUAAUGAUUAUUCUUGUUAUCAUUAUGAUGAUGCUGCUGUUCUUUGUCAAUUGACUGGUGUGGAGAAUUCUACCUGUACUACUGGUGAAGUGAGAUUGGCUGAUGGUGCUACAGUGUAUGAAGGAAGAGUUGAAGUGUGUGAGAAUGGAGUUUGGGGUUCAGUCUGUACUAGAUAUUCAUCUAAUGUUAGGAGUGCUUACACUUUUUGCCAAGAAUUAGGAUAUCAAGGUGGUAUAGUACUUCCUAAUUCUCACUUUGGUGUUAGUAAUAAUCCAAUUUUAAUUUAUGAACUGUCUUGUGGUGAUUUUCAAUCAAAUCUAAGUAACUGUCACCAAAGAAAGUAUCCAUAUAGUUGGUGGUGGUAUGGGUGUAACAAUUAUCAAGAAUUAAGUAUCAGAUGUGAAAGUGAGAACACAUAG